AUGGCGCGCGGGGUGGCGUCGACGUCGUCGUCUGCGUCGUCGUCGUCCUGUUCUUCGAUGAGAACGACGACGGGAGGAAGAAGCAACACACGCAGCAUCGCGAGUAGGAGAUGGAACGAGAAAGAGCGACAGAGUUUUGUCGAUAGGAGAAGAAACAACGCGGCGACUUCAUUAGCGGCCAUCGCAGAACCUGGCACGGAAGGGUACGUGGAAAACGAGACGGAGAUUACGUUCCCGUUCGUGAAAAUCGUCGACCAAGAGGAGUUGAAGUUGUGUCUGAUCAUGAAUGUGAUCGACCCAGCCAUCGGGGGGGUGCUCAUCAUGGGCGAUCGAGGCACCGCGAAAUCCGUGGCAGUUCGAUCAUUGAUUCAACUUUUACCGGAGAUUGACGUGGUGAAAGGAGACGUGUUUAACUCCUCGCCGACGGAUCCUCAGUUGAUGGGUCCGGACGUGAGGGAGAAGUUUCAGAAAGGCGAAGCGCUCGAGACAGCGAAGAUGCGCGUGCCGAUGGUGGAAGUGCCCUUAGGGACGACGGAAGACAGAAUUUGCGGGACUAUUGACAUUGAAAAGGCAUUGAGCGAAGGACGGAAAGCGUACGAUCCGGGAUUGUUGGCGAAAGCGAACAGAGGGCUAUUGUAUAUCGACGAGGUGAACUUGUUGGACGAUUCGUUGGUGGACGUGGUUUUGGAUUCCGCCGCGGGCGGGUGGAAUACCGUCGAACGAGAAGGAAUAUCUCUGAGUCACCCGGCGAAGUUUAUCAUGAUUGGAUCCGGGAACCCGGAGGAAGGCGAGUUGAGACCACAGUUGUUGGAUCGUUUCGGGAUGAAAGUCAGCGUCGCGACGGUUUACGACGUCGAUAAGAGAACGGAUUUGGUCAUGAACAAGAUCAAGUUCGACGAAGACCCGAAAGCGUACCAGGCGGAGUGCGCGGACGAAACUGAAGCGUUGAGAGCGAGAAUUCAAAAGGCGAGAGACAUUUUACCGUCCGUGACAAUUUCGAGAGAUAUUCAGUUGAAGAUUUCCUCGGUGUGCGCCUUGGUAGACGUGGACGGUUUGCGAGGUGAUAUCGUCGUCACGAGGGCGGCGAAAGCCUACGUCGCGUACGAAGGCCGCAACGAAGUCACGCAAGACGACGUCGAGAAGGUCAUAGGUCCGUGUUUGUCGCACAGAUUGCGCAAAAACGUGACGGAUACCAUGGACGGCGGCUUUAAAGUCAAGUUGGGUUUCAACAAGAUUUUCAAAGGCGACGCGAUGGAUUUCACGCAAGAUUCGAAAAUCAUGGCUGAAAUCAUCGAAGAAGGCGUGAAAGAACCGGAACCGGAGAAGAAAGAAGAGCCGGAAGAGCCGAAGGAGAAGCCGAAACCCAAAGCUGGGGCGUGGGAUCCGAGCAAGAUGUUCGGUCGCGGGCGCUAA